ACGAGGUGAGGAGAUUGGGGGUAGAGAGACGAGGUGAGGAGAGCGGGGGUAGAGAGACGAGGUGAGAGGGAGGUGAAUAUAUUGGGGGAUACGUUACAGAGGUGACGAGGUCGGGGUUAGCAAGGGGAGGUGAAGAGGAGAACGGGGUUAGAUAGACGAGGUGAAGAGCGCUGGCAUAGACGAGGUGAGGAGAUCGGAGUUGGAAAGACGAGACGAGGAGGUGAGGAAAACGGGGUUCUAAAGACGAGGUGACGAGGAGAACGGAGGGUGAGGAAGAGGAGAACGGAGGGCGAGGAAGAGAACGGAGACUAGGAGGUUGACGAGGUGAGGACGGGGUUAGGUGGACGAGGUCUGGAGGGAACGCUAGAUUGGGUCGGGAGGAAGAGGACAGGGUAGGAGGAGGAGGAGGAUGAGGGAGAGGUGGACAGGGUGAGGAAGAGAAAUACUAAUUUGGAGAACAGCGUGAGGCAGUAGAUAACGGGGUCCAGAGGACAACGCGAAGAGGUGGAUGGAGAGGUGAGGAGGACGAGGUGAGGACGGGUAUUUGAGACGGUGGGCUGCUGUAAAGAGAAGGGCAGGGUUAGGAGAAGGAAGAGGUGGAUGAGGUGAGCAGGACAACAGAACCUGCACUAGGUCGGGGUGUGGAAGAGCAGGGGGAGGUGAAUAACUAAGUCUGGUGGAGGAGGAGGACCAAGAAGACGAGGUUUGAGGAACGGCGUGAGGAGGGGAAACGAGGUGAGAAGGAAUUGGAGGAGAAAGUGGACGGGGUUAGGGGUAGGAGGGCGGGGUCUGCAGGAGGGAGGAGCACCUCCGGAUGAGCACGGUUGGCUACGCACGGUGCGAAAUACAUCGUUUGGAGGGCGAAUUUGAAGUAGUCGGUUGCGCUGGAGGACGACAGGGUCGGGAAGGAAAGAAGAAAAGACCGGAGGGAAAGGUUUGGGAGAAUACUGGGUCUGGAGGAGGAAAACAGAAGGAGAAGAAAUAGGACACGAGCCAGAGGACGGUGCUGAACGGAGCGCAGCGUGAGUGGAGGACCGGGAGGGCCAUCGCAGGAGGCAUCAUCCACCUUCCCCCUCAGCCAUGGUGGACGUUCUCAGCCCUUCCACCACGCGCAAGCCGAGCAGCGUCUCCAGCCACUUCCCUGGGGUCUCCAAUGGCCCUGGUGAUGCUUACUGCCGUCCCGCUGCAGCCCGACCCCAGGAGAAGGCUGAAGAUGCAGUGGAGGAUAACGAGGAGGAGGCGGCUCCGAGGGGACCAGGGGGGCCGAGGUUUUCGGGGCCCCGCUCGGGCUCCAUGGAGUCGGGCUCCAUGGAGUCGGGCUCUUCCCCGCUGCUGCACAUCGACCUCUACAACUUCGAUUCCCCCCGCGCCGAGGGGUCGCGCUACGUGCUCACGAGUCCGCGCUCGCUCGAGUCGUGCGCGCGCUGCGGGAUACGGCCCGUCGAGCUGCUGUCACGGCCGCUCGCCGACUUUGCGGCACCCGGCACCGGUGACCGGGAAUCCAACUCGACCACGAACCUCGGUGGCCUCGGCCGCGACAGCGAGGAGGCGCGUGCAGCGCACGCCGCGUUCGAGCGGGAGAGGAGGCGUAAACUGCGCCGCUGCCGUGAUGAGAGGGAGCGGAUUCUGCUGGAGGAACGCGAAAAGCGUAGGGAAGCGCAACAGCAUAAUCAUCAGCAGAAGCGAGGAGGGAGCGUGGACCCCUUGCCAUCCAAGCUGGCGGGCACCGGGCUGCGACCCUUGGGGAUUCCUCACCAGAGCCGUUCCCUGGAGACGGUGCGCGCUUCGCUGCCCCUGCCCGGUCAUCGGACCCCGGUCGCGCUCAGCGAUGGCUGCAGCCUGGAUGAUAGCAGCGGGAGCCACGACACGGUGAGCGACCCCCUGGGAAAGACGCGGCCCCGGCAACGCCCGCAGCUGCUGGGCGCCGCUUCCCGGCCGCCGCUCCCACGCCGGGCCCACGAUGAUCUUCCGUGCCCCGGAGGCCGCACCUCGGGCCCACGCUGCACAUUUACGGGCAAGAGCCUGAGCCUGGGGGACCUGAGCCAGGACCCUGGCACCGCCGCGCAGCUGCAGCAGCUCACGCGUGCGGCGGGAGCUGCGGGAGCCGGCGCCGGGACGGGCCCCAGGAAGCGGGCACGGGCGGCCGAGCGUGGCCUGGAGCUGCCGAGCCGGGACCUGAAGAUCGCGGCUCUGAUGUUGGCACGGCACCGUGAGGAGACGCUCACGGCCGAGCAACGGCGCGACGCGCACCUGCGCUGGGCGGACGCGCGGCGCGCGGAGGAGGAGCGCCGCGCGCUGGACGAGCGCGAGCGCGGCCGCGCCCUGGCGCAGCGCUUGCGGGAACGGGAGCCUCCGCCGUUGGAGCCGCCGCCGCCCCCCCGAGGCGGCGCCGCGGCUGACGCCGCCGCGGCGGCGGCGGGCGGGCAGGACCAGGGGCGCCAGCAGCAGAAUCUGCACGAGCGUCUGUCGCUGGCCGAGCGCAAGCGGCUGGAGGCCAAGGAGCGGCGGCGCGGCGAGAGGCGGCUUUCCAACGAGCGGGAGCGCGAGCGGCACCUACGCACGCAGCGGGAGCUCGCGCGGGAGGAGGACGCGGGCGAGGCUCGGCUGCGCGAGGCGCUCGACGCGAGGCUGCGCGCGUCGCAGCGGCGGCGCGACGAGGAGGAGACGCGGCGCCUGCGGGAGCUGCAGCUGCGGGCCGAGCGGGACGGGCAGCGGCUGCGGCGGGCGCGCGCCGCGGCCGAGCGCCUCGACGAGGACAUGCGCUCCCGGCGGGAGGCCCUGGCCGCCGAGGCCGAGCGGCGGCUGCGGCAGGCGGCGCUGGCGGCCGGGGAGGGCGCCCAGCGGCGCGCCGAGAGGGCGGCGCGGGAACGGGCGGAGAAGGAGCGGGCGCACGGAGAGGCGGCGAGACGCGCCGUGCUCGAGGAGGAGAACCGCCGGCGGGAGAGGCUGGCGCGCCUCCGCGAGAAGGAGGAGAGGGGAGAGCGGGCGGCGCGGCGGCGAGACGCCAGGCUGGAGGAGUCGCGCUCCGUGGCGAGGGCCUCAUUCGAGGUGCGGGAGAAAGUGCGGGAGGCGACGCAGACACGGUCCUUUGACAAGAUGGUGCGGGAGGCUGAGCUCCAGCUGCGCCUGCUCUAGGUGGCGUGGGGUUAGGGCUGAGGGUCGUCGUGUUGGUCAGUUACUUCGUCCUUGCUGGACGAUUUGUGAUCGGUCGGUGUUGGGCCAAUGAUUGCCCUCGGCGUCACUAUAUUGUGUGGAUCAUUGGUUCAUUCUGUUAUUCAUGCAGUAUGCGUCCUAUGGUGGACAUGCAUUCAGUUGUGCCCCAUUGGACAUGUUGCAUCGGGGUUAAGUUUUGGACACUGAUAGUACAACACUGACUUAUUGACUAACGUUGGCUCAAUGCAAUGUUUAUAUACUGUUAAUAAUACUAAUCAUUUGAUAAUGCAGUCCAUUGUCUAACCAGAUGUGUGAAAUCCGGUUGACUCGACAAACCUUUUUUUUACCUGGGGAAAAAACAAUGUGUUACAAAAUAACACAUACCUGUCAACCAUACGGUUUACCCGUAUUCGUUUCAAUACCGGAAAUGUCUAUUUGUUUGUGUUUCUCCCUUGUGAUUGGACUUUGUAGGAUGAACGUUGAGAUUUAUAAGGGCAUGAGGUGACCAAUCAGGUCUGAAUUGGUCUGUAAUAAGGUCGGCACUGAUGAGGGGUCGACAGGUUUGAAUUAACAAGGCAUAGGUCCAAAUGGAAUAUGAAUAUACAAUAUAUGUGAUAACAACCAUUAACAGGUGACAAUUAUAUAGCACGUUAAUGUCUCAGUAUUUAAAAAGGCAACAAAAUGUAAACAUUAAGAAAAGCACUUGAU